AGCCAGGAUCGAUCCCUAAAAAUCUCAGUUAAAAAACAAACAGGACAACUCCGGAGUCUGGAACCGGACCCAGAAAAACGACAACAUCCAAAAAAAAUAACCAAGGAACCAGGAAUGGACAGCAGCAUUCGCCAUGACCCGAACCCGGAAUCUGUUCGACCCGAUGAACCAGAGCUCGACCUCUACACCAUACCAAGCUACUCCAGUUGGUUUGCUUGGAACGAUAUUCACGAAACAGAGAGGCAAGCAUUGAAGGAAUUCUUCGAAGGAAGCUCAAUCUCAAGAACCCCCAAAAUCUACAAAGAGUACAGGGAUUUCAUCAUCAACAAAUACAGGGAAGACCCUACGCGCCGCCUCACAUUCACCGAAAUCCGCAAAUCCCUCAUCGGCGACGUCACCUUACUCCACAAGGUCUUCCUCUUCUUGGAAACCUGGGGUUUGAUCAACUUCGUGGCCCCGCCUCGACCCCGCGAAGGUCCCGACAACGAUGAUAGGGUUCGGGUCGAAUACGGGGCUCCGAAUGGGGUUCGGGUCGUGGCCACUCCCAAUUCGUUGCGACCGCUCUCGGCGCCGGUUGUUAAGGGGAAGAGCGGUGAUAAUGGGGUUGCGGAGAAUGGGGUCAAGUUGCCUCCUCUGGCUUCAUAUUCAGAUGUUUUUGGUGAUUUGAAGAGGCUACGUUGUGGUAAUUGUGGAGAUAAUUGCAAUUCUGAAUAUUAUGAACAUAGUAAGGAUAACUUCAUAGUUUGUGUUAAAUGCUUCAAAAGUCGAAAUUUUGGGGAGAAUAAAUCUGUGGAUGAUUUCAAGUUGAAAGAUUGCGGUGGGAACAGUGCUAUAUAUGGAGCUGUGUGGACUGAAGAAGAAACUCUACUUCUUUUGGAUUCUGUUUUAAAACAUGGGGAUGACUGGGAUCUUGUUGCUCAAAAUGUUAAAACCAAGUCUAAACUUGAUUGUAUUACAAAGCUCAUUGAGCUGCCUUUUGGGGAAUCUUUGAUAGAUUCUGCCAAGGGAAGAGGCAAUUCAAGUGGACCCAGUAUGAACAUAAAUAGUGCAAAACCAGUUCUUGUUCCUUCAUCUGAGCAUCGAGAGAAUAUUAUAAACGAGGAUCAAGGUUAUGAUGGCACAAAUGAGAAUGAACAGAAUGGGGAUUCUGAGAAUCAAGAGCCUCCUUUGAAGAAAAAAUGCACCACUUCCACUUCAGAUGCUGAUAGUUCUCUCAUGAAGCAGGUUGCUCUCAUCUCAACCAUGGUUGGGCCACAAAUCACUGCUGCUGCAGCUGAGGCUGCGGUUGCAGUACUUUCUGAUGAAAUGUCAUGUCCAAGGGAAAUAUUUGAUGGUGAUCAGAUUGAUGUAACUAAUGGGUUGCUGUCUCCUACUUUGAUUUAUCAGCCAGAAAGGGCUCAUAAUGAUGAAGAGUUGGAGAUGAAGGCGAGAUCUAGUCCAUCAGUUGCAGAAUCUCAAGAGACAUCUCAAAAGAAGAAUGAUGUGCCUCUUCCAUUGCGAAUUAGAGCAGCUGUUGCAACGGGUCUUGGGGCAGCUGCUGCUCAUGCCAAAUUAUUGGCUGAACAGGAAGAGAGAGAAAUUGAACAUUUAGUUGCAACCAUAAUCGAGACGCAAUUGAAGAAAUUGCAGUCCAAAAUCAAGCAUUGUGAAGAUGCAGAGCUGCUAAUGGAGAAGGAAUAUGCUGCAAUUGAGGAACUCAAAGAGUAUAUCCUAGGAGAGCGGAUUAAUAUCUUACAACGGACAUUUAGUGUAGGUAUAUCUAAAUUGCGAGAACUCAGUUCUGUACAAUCAAAAACUGGCAACUUAAGUUAAUGUGUGGUAUAUCAAUGUAAAGAAGCAGAACAGAUGCGAUUAACAUAAAAAUUUAGGAUUUUGAAAGAUGCUUCUAGUUACUAUUAUUAUUAUUGGAACCUCCUUUCAGAUACCAAUGCAAUUACUUAUCUUUCCUUUAUUGUUGUUAAUUUGAAUU